AAGUUUGAAAGUGGCUUGCUUUCUGGCGUGUCUGUAAUUUCUUUGUUCAUUCUGACUAACAAAUCAUCUUGUACAACCUUCUGAUUAUCGUAAGCAGUAAAGAACAUUUCACUUAGACUUUCCACAGCGGAGACAUGUCACUGAUACUUGUUAGUUUUAGCUUCUUUUAUCUUAAGAAUCCAGGAACUACGGUUCAGGUCUGUUUACUCAUGUUUUCUGUCGUGUGGAAUUAGCACUUUGCUGUUAGUGCUUAUGGUGUUUUCACAACACAUAGGCCUUUGUGCUCCUUGGUUUUGGAUAACAGGUACUGUAAUAACUCUACUAACAUUAUAGAUACGUUUCUUAACCUUUUCGUCACCUCGAAAAUCUUCUUGUUACUAUUCAAUGUUAUAGUUAUUAGUUUGACAACGCUCAUGUUUCGGGCUAGACUGUCAGGUAAAAUAUGAAAAUUUAAUAAUAUCUUAGUAACCGACCGUGUUUUCCGUAAUACGUAUCAGAUAUGUGGGGCUUUCUUCAGCUGGCGCGAUUGUAAAAUCCUUUUUUCUAGCAUGAUACUAGGUGCAAUAAAUAGUCUGGUAGUAGCCAAACUCUUAGCAACCGAGAAAUACGGGUCGUUUUUUGAAUACAAUCAUUUGUAAUGUCGUUCAACUAACAUAUUUUGUUUAGUCCUUCCGUGAACCAAAGAGCGCUUAUACUUACAACUUGUGGAGCAUUUAUGGGUUUACUGUUUUGUAUUACAGUGCUCGUCAUGAAUAAACUGACACUUAACUACUCAUAUCCAAUUGGCAACAUAUUCGUGAUAACAAAGGAGCAUAUGUUUACUCGUCUUCUCACAACCGUCGGGAGAGUAUUAUAUUUCUUGCCGCUCUAUGCACUAUGCCCUAAUCCAUUUUGGCAUCCCCAAUGGCUCUCCUUUAUUUGGCUUAUUUUGGAUAUUCGGUUAAUUCUUUUGAUUCUGAUCACAACUUUUCACCUCCAGUUUUCAUGGAGUUGUGCGAUUGAUGUCCUAAAGUCGCAGUUUCAGAAACCUAUCGAAAUCCCGUUAUCCUCUGACCUUGACCCUACCAAUUCAGUCCAGGGAGUUCUAAGUGGUUGUGCUAAUCCUUUAGAACAACAUUUGGCUUUGGAAAGAUUGGCUGAUUUGGUGGCUACCAAUCAAAAUGUGAGGUCUUCCAUAUUUUCUCUCAGUCACUUGGGUGGUAGGCCUGUAUUAUGGAGGCAAAUAAGUAAUUUAUGUCUCCAGUUAAUUGAGCAGUUUGUGUCAAGUGCUCGUGAAUCAAAUACUCGUGGAACAAACCUGCUAAGUACACCUCUUUGGCCUAAAAAUAUUGACUUUAAAUAUAGACAGUAUUUACCCUCAUCAUUGGAAUCAAAUCUGCGUCAACGCAACAGCGUUAAAGUAAAACAAUUGUCUGCUACUAACGGAAAUAUGUCUGAUAUGCAAUCUUCCGGGUCCAUAAUUGCUCGAAAUUUAAUAAAUGCUGGUCGCACUCUGCUUUCUAAGGUAUACACACGAUUGUCUCAAACACAACUAUUCAGUAUUCUAUCUUCAGAAAUACCCUAUGCUUCGACAGCACACCUUUUCUCAACUGCUACCGAUAUUGAACAUGCAGGCGACUUGGACAUCGAUAAACCGCUAGCACGAACAAGUGGUCAAGUUAUUAUCUGGGCAACAGAAAUCUUAGCUUGUUUGACACUGGCUGCUUACAACGAAGACCGAUUUGGAUCGGUUCAACAGUCUCUUGCGCAGAUCUUACUGCUUUUUGCGGAUGGAUUAGAGGCAGUUGAAAAACACUUGAGGUUCGUCGGUUUGCUCUCUACUCAGUACAAACAGUCAGUAAACUGUCCAGUUCCUGACAGCUUAUACAUGAGUACACUAUUAUCCGCUGGAAAUCUUCAAACUCCAUUUAAACGUUCGAAGCAACUUUCUGGCGAUUCAUUCCUUUCAAAUGAUUUAUGUAAAUUAACGUAUUAUCGUUUCGCAUCCGAUGCCAGUCUUCCAUGGCGAGUUUAUGCAACGUUUUGUUGGGCUCUAACAAACUGUCUAAGUCAAUAUGAUGGUUGUUUUGCAACCUUAUCACUCGACAAUAAAUCGAAGGAAAGAUUACAACUAAUGAAAGCAUCUUGUUGUACAAUGAAAGAAAAUCCAAGUUAAUAUACAUUUUCGUUAUAUUUUUUAUGAUACAGAUUUACAUGCAUUUACUAUUAAACUUGACAAAAGAUGUUAAAUAGAAUUGUGUAGUACCGC